GCAGCAGCGAACAUGGUGGCAGCGGCGCUGUGGCGGAGCUGCACGAAGCUAAGAAGAAACAUGCCAAUCUACUUGGCUUCUUGGAAGGCUCCUCCUAGUGUCUUUAAAUCAUCCAAAUCAGAAGCUAUGGUAAACCCAGCCAAUGAGGGGGUAGUGUGUGCUCCCCUUGACACACUUACAGAAGAAGAAAUAAUGAUGAAAGAAAUGGUGAAAAAAUUUGCUCAAGACCGAAUUGCACCUUUGGUAAAAACAAUGGAUGCAAAUGCGGAAAUGGAUGAAUCUGUACUGCAAGGACUAUUUGAACAAGGGCUAAUGAGUAUUGAGCUUGGACCAGAGUAUGGAGGAACUGGAUCUUCAUUUUUUUCUACCAUACUGGUGGUAGAGGAAUUAGCCAAGGUUGACCCAGCUGUAGCUCUUCUGUGUGAACUCCAGAACACAAUUACUAAUAAAUUGUUUAUUACAUAUGGAACAGAAGAACAAAAGAGAACUUAUUUGCCCAGACUGGCUAAAGAUUUGACAGGCAGUUUCUGCCUUUCAGAGGUUGGAUCUGGCAGUGAUGCAUUUUCUUUGAAGACUCGUGCUGAUAAGAAGGGAGACUACUAUGUUAUCAAUGGCUCAAAGAUGUGGAUAAGCUUUGCAGAACAGGCAGGAGUGUUUUUCGUGAUGGCAAAUGCAAAUCCUUCUUUGGGAUACAAGGGAAUAACAUGCUUCAUAGUAGAUCGUGGCACAGAGGGCCUACAUGUAGGGAAAAAGGAAGAUAAACUGGGAAUCAGAGCAACUUCUACGUGCCCAGUAACUUUCGAAAAUGUUAAGGUUCCUAAGACCAAUAUCCUGGGACUGCUUGGAGAAGGCUAUAAGUAUGCAAUUGGAACGCUAAAUGUGGGCAGAAUAGGAAUUGCUGCACAGAUGUUGGGAUUGGCACAGGGAUGUUUUGACCACACUAUUCCAUAUGUAAAGGAGAGAGUCCAGUUUGGGAAAAGCAUAUUUGAUUUUCAGGGAAUGCAACAUCAGAUAGCUCAAGUGGCCACCCAGCUGGAAGCUGCAAGGUUGCUGACCUAUAAUGCAGCCCGACUCGUAGAAGCAGGAAGGCCAUUCAGAAAAGAGGCAAGCAUGGCCAAGUAUUAUGCUGCAGAGGUUGCAGCACUGACAACUAGUAAAUGUAUUGAAUGGAUGGGUGGAGUUGGAUUCACAAAAGAUUAUCCAAUUGAAAAAUACUACAGAGACUGCAAAAUUGGUACAAUAUAUGAAGGAACUUCAAAUAUCCAGCUGAGUACAAUUGCAAAAUGCAUAGGUCAAGAAUACUGAAAACCGCAAGGACGUCGUGACUGUUCACACUGAAAUUUAGAAUCAGCACGCCUCAUUGGUGAAAUCAAGGGUUACAUAUUUAUUCCAAAUUGUGUGUUUGUUUAAAAAAAAACAAAAAACAAAAAAAAACCCUAAUCAUGGAAUUUUAUCCCGAAAACACUUCUAAAACAGUGCAAUGAUUUAAGUGAUUAGGUUGUUUCAGACUGUAGAGAUCGACAAAAGUAAACAAACAAACGAAAAGGAGAUAAAUCCUCAACCUGCUCUACUGGCACAAAAGGGCACAAAGCCACCUGAAGAGGCAGCUGAUUCCCCCAGGGCAGAGGUAUCAUUGGCUGGUGUAAAGCCAGCUAUAUGCCAUUUGGUGUGGUGAGAAUGGAUAGACUUGGAGAGUUCAGCUUUCCUUGCUACCUUUGUCUGGUGAGCGAUUCCUAUGGGGCCGCUACAGUUGAGGUAACUUAGAGCAAUCUUAGCCUAUUCUAAAUUAUAUCUGGCAGUUUGGGCCCUGGCAGUCCCUGGAUUGGGGAUCUUGAAAGGUGGCAAAUAGCCAUCUUCCACCCCAUCCCCUCUUCUGCUAUUUAGGCUCUUCAUAUUUUUUAAUGCUAAGUUAAAUUCUUUGUAAAAUGCGUUAAAGAAUCGUUCAUAUAUAUAUA